AGGGAGGCGGGGAGAGGCGAGCGGCGGGACUCCGGCACCGCCAGUGCGCGCUGCCAGCCCGGCAGCCAACUUCCCCGCUGGAGUUAGUGUAUAAAGGAUACCAUAUAUGCACACACACAUACACACACCUCUCCACCAAGGCGCUCCUCCUCCGCCUCCUCCCUCGACCAACUGCUGGAAUUAAAAUAAAAAGCAAAACAAACACCAAAAAAAAAAAAAAAGAAAGAAAGAAAGAAAAAAAAACAACAAACCAAGCGAGAGAGCGGGAGAGGGAGAGAAACAAUUCGCGAGGUAACGAGAAAUUUCAACUUUUUGAUUUUUUUUUUUUUUACUUUUUUUUUUUUUUUCCAACUGCCUAAAGGAAAGGUAGAGAGAAAAAAUGUCUUAUCCAGAGCGUGACUCUAGCAAGAAGGCUCCGUCAGGACUCUUGUUUCAAAGGGGACAAAGUGCUCCAGCAACAGCACAACUUUGAGAAAUGCAUCAUCACCACCAUCACCACCACCAUCAUCACAGGAAGUUUUCUUAGGACACCAACAAAACUUGCAAAUAAAAGAGCAAAAGGAGAUCGAGGAGUCGGGGAGAGAGAGAAAGACAAGAGAGAGAGGCAGAAAAAGGAAAAUAUAACCAAACACAAAGCCUUAAAGGAAGAAGAAAAGGAAAAGUUUCACUCUGAGAGGGGAAGGCUGAGAGGUGGAGAUGUACUCCUAGGGGAGCAGAGGGGAGAAGACACGGGGGCUUUUUGAUCCCCCCCCUCUUUUUCGCUUUUUAGCCUUUGUUUGGUUUCCUCCCUGCGAGCAGCAAACUCGGGCAAGAAGAAGGCGGAGGAAAAAUAUAUGUACAGCUAAAUAUUUCUCUUUUUUUGGAAAAAAGAAAAAAAAAAGAAAAGCGAUUAAAAAAUAAUAAUAAUAACAAUCGAAGCGAGAGCCGGCGACCGCAAAGAGCGCGCCGCGGAGCGGAGGCAGGACGGCCGGCGGACGGGCGGAGGAGAGCGCGCCGAGGAGCGCUAGCAGGUGAACCCCGCGCCCCGGCGCCCCGGCGAGGCUGGGAAGGCGGCGGCGGCGCGGGCGGCGGCCCCGGCAGCGGCCCCGGCAGCGCCGGGCAAGGGCGCUUGCGGCGGGCGCCCGGCAGCCGGCGGCGCGGCGGCGGCGGCGCGGCGGGGGCGAGCGGCGGGCGGCGGGCGCGGGAUGGCCGCGGCCACCUCUAACCCCUACCUCCCCGGCAACGGCAUCCUGGCGGCCGGCUCCAUCGUCCACGCCGACUCGGGCGGCGGCGGCGGCGGCGGUGGCGGCGGCAUGCAGCCGGGCAGCGUGGCCGUCACCUCGGUGGCGGGCGGCUACCGCGGCGACCCGGCGGCCAAGAUGGUCCAGAGCGACUUCAUGCCGGGCGCCAUGGCCGCCAGCAACGGCGGCCAUAUGCUGAGCCAUGCCCACCAGUGGGUGACAGCCCUGCCCCACGCCGCCGCCGCCGCCGCCGCCGCCGCCGCCGCAGCCGCCGAAGCGGGCUCGCCCUGGUCCGGCAGCCCCGUGGGCAUGACGGGCAGCCCCCAGCAGCCGCCGCCGCCGCCCGACGUCAAGGGCAGCGGCGGGCGCGACGACCUGCACUCGGGCGCGGCGCUGCACCACCGGCCGCCUCACCUGGGCCCCCCGCACCAGGGGCACCCGGCGGCCUGGGGGGCGGCGGCGGCCGCCCACCUGCCCUCCAUGGCCGGCGGGCAGCAGCAGCAGCAGUCGCUCCUCUACUCGCAGCCCGGGGGCUUCACGGUGAACGGCAUGCUGAGCCCCCCCCCCGGCGGGCAGAGCCUGGUGCACCCCGGGCUAGUACGCGGCGAGACGCCGGAGCUGGGCGAGCACCCCGGGCAUCACCACCACCACCACCACCAGCACCCCGGGCACCACCCGCCGCACCACGGCGGCGUCAACAGCCACGACCCGCACUCGGACGAGGACACGCCGACCUCCGACGACCUGGAGCAGUUCGCCAAGCAGUUCAAGCAGCGGCGGAUUAAGCUGGGCUUCACCCAGGCCGACGUGGGGCUGGCGCUGGGCACCCUCUACGGCAACGUCUUCUCGCAGACCACCAUCUGCCGCUUCGAGGCCCUGCAGCUCAGCUUCAAGAACAUGUGCAAGCUGAAGCCUUUGUUGAACAAGUGGCUGGAGGAAGCCGACUCCUCCACGGGCAGCCCCACCAGCAUCGACAAGAUCGCCGCCCAGGGCAGGAAGAGGAAGAAGCGGACCUCCAUCGAGGUGAGUGUCAAGGGGGCCUUGGAGAGCCACUUUCUGAAAUGCCCCAAGCCCUCCGCCCAGGAGAUUACGAACCUAGCGGACAGCCUGCAGCUGGAGAAGGAGGUGGUCAGGGUUUGGUUUUGCAAUCGGAGGCAGAAAGAGAAACGGAUGACCCCCCCGGGGAUCCAGCAGCAGACCCCCGACGAUGUCUACUCCCAGGUCGGCACCGUCAACUCCGACACGCCGCCCCCUCACCACGGACUGCAGACCAGCGUGCAGUGAGGGGCACCGCGGGCGGGCCGGGGGGCGCGGGGGCAUCGCGGGCCGGGCCGGGCCGGGCCACCGCCACCGGCACCACCGCCGGCACCUCCGCGCACACCCGCACGCUCACACAGACACGCUCACACACACGCACGCACACACACACACACGAUCCAGGCUCGUUCAGACUGCUUGUGUUUAUAUAUAUAUGGAUAUAUGCGUGCAUCUAUAUAUAUAUAAGAUCGAUACCAAUAGGGAGCGGUGGAGAAGGUCGAUCCGAGCGAGAGCGUUUAGACCGCGUUGGGAAAACGGGGUGGAGAUGCGUAAUGCACCAAAACUGCAGAUGUGCCGGGGCGUUGGUUGUGGGUUGAGGGCUUGGGAGGGUGGGCUUGGGCUUUUUUUUUAAUUAUUAUUAUUGUUUCUUUUAUUUUUCACUCUCCAAAUUGUCCCCCUCUCGCAGCGAGGAACACCACUGAUGUCUGCACCUCUUCUCUCCCCUCCUCCCCCCUCUCCCCGCACUUUCUCCCCUAUCCCCAAAAGGGCUCUCUUCUAUGAAUCAAGGAAACUUUUUUCUCCUUUCUCUUUUUUUUUUUUUUUUUUGUUUUGUUUGUUUGGUUUUUUUUUAAUGGGAGGAAUCCAAAAAAGGGAAGCAGAAGUAAAAUAAUCUGGUCAAUCUGAGGGUGCCUGCUGCAUUCCAAUACCCUGUUUUUCUUGGCCAAACCGUAGAAUUAUGGUGCAAGGCAGACACCCACUGUGAAAACAUAUAUAUCUAUAUAUCUAUAGAUUCUGCAAAAUGAAAGGGGCCACUUUUUCCAGAAAAAAAAAAAAAAAGAAAAGAAAUAUGCACACAGCACUAAAAACAAGCAGACUGCAUAGGGAAGCAAAUACAUAUAUAUAUAUUUAUCUAUAUAUAUAGGUAUAGCUAUAGAACAAAAAUAUGGAAAUAAAUGCCCGCACGCCGAAAAACUGACCCUGAGGAGAAAGGGGGAGGGGGGACACACACAGACGCCGGGGGGGAGGGUGGGAGAAGGAGAGGUUGUUGGUCCCUAAAGUUCGAGGUCUGUAGAAGGACUUUGCAUGAAUUAAGGGAACCAGCGAGAGAAAGGGAAAUAAUUUAGGGCUAUCAAAGUCCUGCUUCUGACGGCUGCCAAUCAUCAUGGAAGAGUCAUAACAAAAAAAAUCCACUGCUAAUAUUUUUUUUAUUAAUAUUUUUAUUUUUUAUUUCUGGACUGAUUCAGAUAAAGGGAUUUAGAAGGACUGAGCAUCUGCAGCUGCACUUAUCUGAACUUCUCCUCUCCUAAAUCCGUUGCCAACUUUGAUUGAAUGGGUGCUGUGGAUGUGAUUAUAUAAUACUGCCAUUUCCAAGCAGUGUUUUUGGUAGGUUUUAAUAAACAGACUUUUCAAAAAGACGGCAAUAUAGAAUUGUUAGAUCCGUUGUUGAUCUAAAAAAAAUUUGCUUUAUAUUUUCAUUAAAUGACUUCUUUUAAUAUUUUAUUCAGAAUACCUAUGAACUGCUGCAAAACGGUAAUUUAUUUUUUCCCCAGAUCUUGUAUUACGUGUUUUUUUCAGACGAGCACAAAUCAAAAUGAAAUGAAAAUAUGGACAGUUGUUAGGUAAUAAGGGUAUCUUUUGAUGUGAUAAUUUGAUUGUAAUUUAAUUUGAGUAGUGAUUCCGUAAGAGCUGAUUGAGAAAAUAAAUUUGUUAGAAUGAAAUAGUCUGUGUCUGAUGCAUAAACACUGUGUCGAAAAAAAAAAAAAAAAAAGAAGAAAAAAAAAAAAGUUCUCUGAAGGGAAAUGAUGCAAAUGCUGAAGUGAGAGAAAUAUCGAGGGGGUCCGACCCGCUGGCUGCCGCCCUCCCUCCCGCAUCCCUGCCCGUCCCUCUGCCGGGACGGAGUCCGUGGCCUCUUCCAUCAACCCGGGGACCCGUGCCAUGGGGAAGGAAGGCGAGAUUAGAGAUCGUCAAAGGCCACCUUCCCCCAGUAAAAGGGCUGUGCCGGUUUGCUGGAGGCUUGCGCUCCGGUGAGGGCGAUGCCUGAGUCUGCCUGCUGGUCGCGAAUGGCCGGUGCUGAGAGCAGGGAUGUUUCCAAAAGUUCAGUCUUGUUUUCUUUCUUUUCAAACUGAGCCUUGGGUGGGGAAAGGGGCUCAGCUGUAAUUUAUUUUGACGCAUUUUAUGUCUCUAUGAAUAUUUGUAUUUAAUUUAUCUUUAUAAUGCAAGGAGAAGGUACUUUUUUUCCUCCCGAAGGACAUAUGGAAUACUUUCAGCAUCCUACAUGCGGUCCGCCUAGUUCACCAUUUCUGUUGUUGCUGUUGUUGCUGUUGUUGUUGUUGUUGAUGUUGUUUUAGGGUUUUUCUAUGGAGUGUGAAGUGGUAUAGUCUAAUUUUCUCUUCCACUCUGCCGUAGCGCUGCCAUAUCUUUUCUUUACAAACACAUGCGUGUGUUGGUAAUGUUGGAGAUGCCAACAGAUGCACUAGCUAGCCUGUCAUAUUUAUCGGCUAUAAUUUAUUGCAAUAUAGGGGCAAGUGAAUGACUGUUUCAACUCUCUUCAUUUUGAAGCGGGGAGGUUGUGGGAACUAGAGAGCUGCAUCUAACGCCAUCACCCGUCCCCCAUCGAUAGUCUACCAGAGAAUAAGGUUUUCUUUCAUGAUCCAUCUCAUCCGUGGCUCCUUCCUCACCUUCCUCUCUCUCUUCCCCCGCCCUCCGCGACCCCCCCUGCCUUGCUUCUCUACGUGCUAUUGGGGCAGAGGUUAAACCCCCAGAAAACUGCUGUAGGAACAACAAACAUCUCUUCCUUUCAGAUAGGCCUUGUGUCAGUCCAUAAAUCAAAUCCAACCUGAGAGCCAUGCACCGGGAUGCAUUAUUUUAACACCAGCCCGUAGUAAAUAUCACCGUCGGUUUGAUUUGCGAAAUCCGAAAGGCCCUACUGACACGGAAGAAAGCGGGGGGGGGGGGGGGGGGAAGAGGGGGGUGGGUCUGGAGAAAAAACCCCAACCCAACAAAGGGAAAGAAAACCCGAAAGGGUAAAGGACGCUCUUUCUUUUGUUCGUUUUAGCAAAAGCUCCUGGCUAAUUUUGUAGCUCGGGAGGGGAAAGGACGGGCUCAGGAGGCCGGCGGGCAGCGCCGGGCUCCUCUCCGGGUGCCGGGUACCACUGACACGUGAGGUGGGAUCCUGUUUUUCACACAUGAAGGGGAGCGGUUUAUUAGACACGGAGAAGGUCUAUUUAAAUUUCCGAGCGGUAUUUGAUUACUGGAUUUGGAUGGCGACAAAGAACCAACGUUAGGCUUCACACUGCUUUCUGUUAAAAGGCAAGCUUUGCGGGUUGCUGCCUAAGAAAAGCUGGGUUUAGGCUGGAGAAGUAACGUUUGGUCGGAGGGACUGGCAAAAUGUGCCUGUUCCGCGGACUUGUUAUGCACAAAAAGUGAGGCCAUGGGCUCUCCCCCCACUCCCCGCCUCCGAGAAAGUGAAUCCUUUGAAUGUAUUUAGGAAUUUCAGGGUUGUGGGUUUAUGAGAUAACAAGAGAUAGAUAAUAACUGGGAAGGUUUGCGCUAAGCGUUAUAUUGUUACACGUGUAAAUAAUGAAAAUAUUGUUAUAUAUCGCCAGAUCUCUUAAUGAAUUUAGUAAUUGUAUUCAUUUAUAAUAUCAGUGUUCUGUGCUUGGUAACUGAGUCGGUAUCAUUUUCCUUACUCUUUUUUUUUUUUUUUUCCUGCCUAAAAGAAAGCCAAAUAUUUUACCAAGUUAUGUUUGAUCAGUCUGGGUAAUCCCGAGAUGUGAUUAUUUAUAGUUUACAUUUUCAUAUCCUGCAGUCCUCUACUACACACCAGUCUUCUCACUCCUAUCCCGUCCUUCCCCCAUCUAGUCUGUAUACAAUAAAUUCUUUUCAGGUGUAUUUAAAACAGUCAUCUCACUGUUGUUGAUCCGCAAUUUUUCCGGAAUUUAGCAAAGAGGUGCAAAAACCGCAACGGUUCCUAUCGGAUCUUUACAGAAUCCUUGUGCUUUAAUGUAGUGACUCGUGUUUGCACAUUACAAUGCUCAUAACUUGUUUUGUAUGAAUGGUUUUAAAUGGAACGUUUAGAGAAUCAUUGGUUCUGAUAUGAAAUGCAGUAUAUGCUAUUGAUAAUUUUAUCAAUAAGUGUGAUAUUUUAAAUAAUUUUAACAAUUAAAUUUGUUUUUUAAAUUAUAUAUUUGUAAAAUAUUUAUCCUGUUGAAAGCAACAAUAUAUUGUUGUAUUUAUUCGUUUAUUUUUGUAAUAAAUGAUCAACAUCUUCAAGCUACAGCAAAA